AUGUCUCUUUGGACUCAUACCAGAGCUUGGUACACCUACACCAUAGCUGCAGAGGUCUGGUCAGCAUGUGGGGUUGUAAGUCUUCCUCUGUUCGACUAUAAACAAACACAUCUUUCUCUGUCCCUCCCAAGUGCUUGGACUCUCGGAAUGUAUAGUAAGGACUUCAUACUGAUUCGCAGCAUGUACGUCAAGUCAAUAUCGGUCUUCAUACAAGCUUUGUGUAUCAUCUCAGUAGGAUCUCUGGCAGAUUCUCCUUUCUGGCGAAAACGUCUUUUGGUCAUCUUCGCACUCACCGGCUCCAUAUCAGCCAUCCUUCUAUUCCUCUUUCCCUCUUCCCCCAAUCCCUCUCUUCCGAUCUUAGCGGCACUGCUGAACAUCCUCGGUAGUGUCACCUACUCCACCACUUUGGUAUGUAGCAACGCAUUUCUUCCUUCUCUUGCCAGAGAGGAUCCGGUCGUCAGAGCAGCAUUUAAAUCGCUCCAAAGUUCCGACCCCUCUCUUCCACUCGAAACUGAUGACGAAGAAGGGAAUAUUAUACCUCCUUUACUUGAUGACGCAGUGAGAGCCAUCUCUACACAGGAUUUAGCAUCAUCGGAUCCCGCAAUCUUACCAACUCCGACUCAUCCAACGUCUCUUCCUGCCGAUAUAUCGGAAGAGGGACGAGACAUUCAGACGGAAGAUGAACAACACGCUCAAGCAUUGCUCAGUCUGACUACCUCACGUAUAUCAAGUACAGCCUACGCUCUCGGUUUUUUAUCAGGUGUAUCAGUCCUUUUACUGCUUACUAUACCCGUAUUGAAAUUACAUGGGUCCACUUCCGCCCUUCGAUUAGCCAUCGGGAUCAGUGGAUUGUGGUGGGGGAUCUUCACUAUACCAGCUUGGAUCGGGCUUCCUUCUGGCUCUAAGAAGGGGAAUGAUGUUGGCGAGAGUAGCGGAGGAAGGUUGGGCUGGUUGGGAAUGGGAUGGAGGAGAGUGGGGGAUAUGAUUAGACCAAAGGAGAUGAGAGAAUUACGGGAUUUAUUCGUCUUGUUGGUAGCUUGGAUCUUUCUUUCUGAUGGCUUCCACACGACAACCUACACUGCCAUCCUCUACGCCUCUUCGACCCUCCGAAUGUCCCCAGCUGGGAUCAUCGCUAUCGGAGUCCUUGUUCAGCUCUCCGCCAUCUUCUCUUCCCUCCUCGCUCCAAAAUUACAAAGACGAAUGGGAUGGUCAAACUUGCAUUUCUUGUUGAGUGUCACGGUGCUCGGCUUGGUGUUGCCGCUGUACGCUGUGAUUGGGCUGGUGUUGCCUUUUGGAGGGUUGAGGACGCAGGGAGAGAUGUAUGUCGCUGCCGGAUGGUUUGGGCUGCUGUAUGGACCAUUUAGCUCGUACUCUCGUGCCGUCUACGCCGAGCUCAUACCACCUAACCACGAAUCAUCGUUUUUCUCUCUAUUUGCCCUCACCGACAAAUCAGCCUCGUUCAUCGGACCUCUAGUGGUAGGCUUGAUAGCGGAUACGACAGGAAACAUUCGAUUAGGAUUUGUCUUUCUUCUCAUCAUGCUCUCCGUGCCUAUUCCAGUGCUCUUACGAGUGAACAUAUCACGAGGUAGAGAAGACGCCUUACGAUGGUCUGAGCGUCGACGAAUAAAAGUAGAAGAGAGGUUGAAUGGGGAACGAGUGGGUUUAUUGAGCGAGUGAGAUCUAUCUUAUAUCUUAAU